AGAAAAACAACGUAUCCGUCUCUAUUCUACGUACGCUGGUCGUAUCGUACCCUUGUCAUGCUUCUCACGUCCCUCACUUCGCUUCUUUGCGGAACUGUUUUGCCAUUGCAGGCAAUGGCACUCACGAUCCGCUAUCCUGGCUCAUUUUACGACGCAGACGCUGCGGCCCGGAGCCGCAGAGCAGAAAUAACGCCAGGUAUCGUUGAGAGAGACACGCGCCCCGAUCACGCCAAUGUUUCCUACACCGUCACCUACAGUGACAAGGUGGUGCCGGUGGGCGUGUGCAACCCACGCAACUUUCUCCAGUACGUCAUCGAUUACGGCUGCGCAAGGGAUUCGAAUGACGUAAGUUGCAAGACAAAAGCAGAAUGGCCCUGCGACUACGUCGACGACACGAAAGUCGGUCGCAACGGCUGGAAUCCGACGGAUGUGGGCCAGGCUCAAGUCCGCAAUUGCACCAUGGGCAUUCUUGCCAACUUCAACACGUCCAUGGCUCCGCCGGGUGGUCAAGCAUCCCAUACGCAUGCCAACUUUAUGAAAGACCUAAUCGUGAAGGCCAUCGAAUCCCCCAUGCAGGUCGAUGGCGGCAAAACAAGCAUCGUUCCCAUGCCCCACGGCAAUGGUGAGCAUGGGGGAAAGAAGGGAAAUGGCAGAAACGUGACGGCGUACCAGGUUCCAAAUGCCAUCACGGUCCAGGGUUUCGCCACCACUAACGGUACUCUCGAACGCACAGCGCUUGACACAAUCACCAUGAUGGUCGAAUGUCCUCAGGUCAUCAAGGAAGAGAAGAGUACAUGCGAUAUCGUCGGCCCCCUUUCCAGUCUUGCCAGCACCAUAGGGGCCAACAAAAUCGCGACGGGCACAUUCUCCACUUUUAUUGGAGUGCCUGCUGUCGGAGGCGCUGGCUGCCAAUGAUAGAGCGCGAAAACCUGUACGAGAACGCUGAAGUAGUACAACAGCUUGGUGGAUAGGUCCCGAAAUGAUGACAUCAUGCC